CAUCUGAAUAUCAAAUAUCAUAGGUGAAUUGAACAUAUUUAUUUCUCCUUGACCAUCUGAAAAUCAAAAAUCAUAAAUUAAGGCUAAGAUGAGUGCGUGAGAAUAUCAUAGUGCAUUGAACAAUGCAAGAAGAGGAUCACGAUUCCAAUAUAUAAUAACGAGGAAUGAAAUGAGUAGUUUCAAAGACCAGAAGUCCAGUAAUUUUGCAUGAGAAAAAUGAUUCUCCACAGCCCACAAAAACAUAAAUUAAUGGUAACACCCAGUCCCACAGUCAAAUAAAUUAAUGAUGCCUGCUUAGAAUUCCAAAAAAAGGGACAAUGGUUUGUCUGCAAUGGUUUGUCUUAAUGGAAUCCACAGUGAAUUAUUUCAAGUAUAUGAACGCCAACUUCUGUGAUGUUAUACUUGCAAAGGCAUCUUCUGCAAGAAUGUUUUCUAACAAAUGCACUCGAGAAGCAUUUUUAUGCAUUGUUGUUUACUUUUUGUUAGUGGGUUCACUUCAGGUGGCUGAACAAGCACCAGAAGAUGCAUGGGUCGAGUCCUUCCCUGGCUACAUUGGAAGCCAGCCUUACAGCAUAUAUACCGGGCCCAAUGUAUUUUGAUCUCAAUUACACUAGGGGUUUACCCAAACUAAUUGACAAUCCACAUUCUUGGACUAAGGUGUGCAACAUCAUUUUUCUUGAUUCACCAGCUGGGACUGGGUUUUCCUACUCCAAUACAACCGCAGACUACGUUUAUGGAGGAUUUAAGAUUGUCUCAGAUGCAUACGCUUUUCUUAUUAAGUGGUUUGAGGCAUACCCUGAGUUUCUAUCUAAUCCACUAUACAUUGGAGGAGAUUCUUAUUCGGGUCUUAUUGUACCAAUGUUGACACAGAAAAUAGCAGAUGGUAUUGAAGCCGGUGCAAAACCACUCCUAAAUAUUAAGGUGCCCUUUGGACAUGGAAUGGCCCUCAUAUCAGAUGAAAUAUACGAGUUUUAUAUAAAUAAGAUCCAGCAACAAAGCAGGCUUGCAAUGCUUAAUGAAGCAAGGAGAAAAGUUUGGUCCACAAGGUUUACUAUUCAAGAUGGUUUUCACCGAAUCCCCCUUCAUUUUGGCUAUGAAGACAAGCCUUGCCCUUCUCUGGACAAAUAUUACCUUUUGGAUAUCUGGGCAAAAAAUCCUUUUGUCAGGAAAAUAAUUCAUGCUCUACAGGAGAACAUAACAGGGGUGUGGAAAAGAUGUACUCCUCGUUUUAAAUAUAAACAUGAUGUUACAAGUGUGAUUAUAUAUCACAAAAAUCUAACCAAGAGAGGUUAUCGUGCUUUGAUCUAUAGUGGUUAUCAUGAUUUGGUUAUCCCAUAUGUUGGAACUGAGGCUUGGGUGAGAUCAUUAGGGUAUUCAAUAGUUGAGGAAUGGAGGUCUUGGUUUGUAGAUGGAGAGGUUGCUGGAUACACAAGAGCAUAUGAUCACAACCUUACAUUUGCAACUGUAAAGGGAGUUUGACACACAACACCAGAAUACAAACCCAGAGAAGCAUUUUCGAUGUUCAUAUCAUGGAUUUCUGGAAAACCUUUUUGAACAUUCAAGAAAAAUAUUUAGCGUGUUACUAAAAAAAUUCCCCACUUGAACUAUGUUUAUGGAAAUAGUGAGAUCUAACCUCCUUUUUCAAAUUAUGAACCUCUGGGAAGCU